AUGUCUAGUUUCGUCGGCGUCCUUGUUUCUGAUCAAGAGCUUCAGAGCCAGUUCACUCAAGUCGAACUUCGAACCCUCAAAUCCAAGUAUGUGUCGGAAAGGACUCAAUCGGGACGUGUUACUGUCGCAAAUUUGCCUGCUAUUUUUAAGAAAUUGAAGAUUUUUUCUGAACUGUUCACCGAGGAUGAGAUUAAGGAUGCUUUGGCGGAGUCAUAUCAGGACAUGGAUGAAGAAAUUGAUUUCGAGUCCUUCCUAAGGGCACAUUUAAAUCUGCAAGCUCGAGCAAUAGCUAAAGAUGGUGGUUCAAAAAGUUCUUCUUCAUUUUUGAAGGCAGCUACAACAACUGUUCAUCAUGCCAUUAAUGAAUCUGAGAAAGCUUCUUAUGUCGCACAUAUUAAUAACUCCUUGGCUGAAGAUAACUUCAUGGGUCAGUUUCUUCCAAUUGAUCCACAAUCAGAUGCAUUGUUUGAUCUUGCAAAAGAUGGAGUACUUCUCUGCAAGCUUAUCAAUAUUGCUGUUCCUGGGACCAUAGAUGAGCGAGCUAUUAACACAAAACGAGUUCUUAAUCCAUGGGAAAGAAAUGAGAACCAUACCCUUGGCCUCAAUUCGGCAAAGGCUAUUGGGUGCACAGUGGUUAAUAUUGGUACACAAGAUUUAAUUGAAGGAAGACCCCAUCUAGUACUUGGUCUGAUUUCACAAGUAAUUAAGAUUCAAUUGUUAGCUGAUCUCAAUCUGAAGAAAACUCCUCAACUUGUGGAAUUAGUGGAAGAUGACAAGGACGUGGAGGAGCUUAUCAGUUUAGCACCUGAAAAGGUUUUACUGAAAUGGAUGAAUUUCCACUUGAAGAAAGCUGGAUACGAGAAACAAGUUACAAACUUCUCUUCUGACCUAAAGGAUGGAGAGGCUUAUGCUUACUUGCUGAAUGCUCUUGCCCCAGAAGUGGCUGGCCCAUCUGCCCUAACCACAAGUGAUCCAACAGAAAGGGCUAGCUUGGUUCUUGAGCAGGCAGAGAAAUUAGAUUGCAAGAGAUACCUCACUCCAAAGGACAUAGUGGAGGGAUCACCUAAUCUUAAUCUUGCAUUUGUUGCUCAAAUUUUCCAGCAUAGGAAUGGCCUUACAACUGUUGACAGCCAGAAAAUGUCCUUUGCUGAGAUGAUGACUGAUGAUGCAGAGACAUCUCGGGAAGAACGAUGCUUCAGACUAUGGAUUAACAGUCUUGGAAUUGCCACUUAUGUCAAUAAUGUUUUUGAGGAUGUCAGAAAUGGAUGGGUUCUAUUAGAAGUUCUUGACAAGGUUUCACCAGGAUCUGUCAAUUGGAAGCUGGCCACAAAGCCUCCUAUUAAGAUGCCAUUCCGCAAAGUUGAGAACUGCAACCAAGUUAUUCAGAUUGGAAAGGACCUAAACUUUUCGUUAGUGAAUGUUGCUGGUAAUGAUAUUGUACAAGGGAAUAAGAAGCUCUUACUGGCAUUUUUGUGGCAGCUGAUGAGGUUUAAUAUGCUUCAACUUCUGAAAAACUUGAGAUCUCACUCCCAAGGCAAAGAGAUUACUGAUGCUGAUAUUCUGAACUGGGCGAACAAUAAAGUGAAAAGAUCAGGAAGAACUUCUGAAAUGGAAAGUUUCAAGGAUAAGAAUCUUUCGAAUGGCGUUUUCUUCCUUGAGCUUUUGAGUGUUGUGGAGCCAAGGGUUGUCAACUGGAGUCUUGUUACUAAAGGGGAGACUGAUGAAGAUAAGAAGAUGAAUGCAACAUAUAUAAUCAGUGUUGCCCGAAAACUUGGGUGUUCCAUCUUCCUGUUACCUGAGGACAUACUAGAGGUCAACCAGAAGAUGAUACUCAUUUUAACUGCUAGCAUAAUGUAUUGGAGCCUGAAGAAACCUGAAGAAAACCACCCCCGUGAAGCAAUGGCUAUGACUUCAGUAGAAAAUGAAAACGAAACAGAUGUGGUUGACGAUGUAUCCAAUUUAGCCAUUGAUGAUACUGCUUCGGAGAAUCCUAGCACUCCUUAA